AGGUAAAAGCCUAUUUCGCAUCCUGUCUUUGCCUUUGUUCGAUAGCCACUGAGAGCGAGCGAGCGAGCGAGCGAGAGUUUCAGAGUUUCAGAACUUCCAGAGUUCCCUAAUUCUUCUUCAAAUUAAUCAAUCCUCUCCCUUUCUUCUUCAACCUUAUUCACUGUUUUCACCUUCCAUGACAGACCCUCUGCUCCCUUCAGAUUCAUAAACAAGAUUCCACCCUUUCUUCCUCCCCCCCGCCAUGGCUCAAAAGCUUCAGCAGCAGCUCAAGGACGUGGGAUCCAAGCUCCACACUCCUCCUCCCACUAAAGAUGCUCUCAUUAAGCUCUUGAAGCAAGCUGCAGGGUACCUUUCUGAAUUGGAUCAAUCACCGUCAGCUUCAAUUUUGGAGUCGAUGCAACCUUUUAUCAAUGCAGUUAUCAAGCCGGAAUUGCUUCAACACCAAGAUAGAGAUGUCAAACUUCUAGUUGCUACAUGUAUUUGUGAAAUAACACGAAUAACAGCACCUGAAGCUCCAUAUAGUGAUGAUGUUUUAAAGGACAUCUUUCACCUGAUAGUGGGCACUUUUAGUGGAUUGAAUGAUACUAAUGGCCCUUCAUUUGGUAGGAGAGUUGUCAUUUUGGAGACACUUGCUAAAUAUAGGUCGUGUGUUGUAAUGUUGGACCUUGAUUGUGAUGAUCUGGUCAAUGAAAUGUUCAGCACGUUUCUUGCCGUUGCCAGGGAGGAUCAUCCUGAAAGUGUUAUCUCAUCGAUGCAAACUAUAAUGGUUGUUCUCUUAGAGGAAAGUGAGGACAUCAGAGAGGAGCUCUUAUUUACUCUAUUAUCGACUUUAGGUCGCAAUAAAAGUAAUGUUUCUUCGGCUGCAAGGAAGCUUGCUAUGAAUGUGAUACAGAAUUCUGCUGAAAAACUUGAAGCUGCUGUAAAACAGUUUAUUGUAACUUCAAUGUCAGGAGAAAACAAACCACCAUACAAUCUGAUUGAUUACCAUGAAGUUAUUUAUGACAUAUAUUGCUGCGCCCCGCAGAUUCUAUCUGGGAUUGCUGCAUACCUCAUUGGAGAGUUACUGACUGAUCAGCUGGAUACUCGUGUAAAGGCCGUUGGAUUGGUUGGAGACCUGUUUUCUCUACCUGGCUCUUCUAUAUCUGAAGUUUUUCAGCCGGUUUUCUCAGAGUUUCUAAAAAGACUGACAGAUAGGGUUGUUGAGGUUCGAAUGUCUGUCCUGGUGCAUGUGAAGAGCUGUCUACUAUCCAAUCCUCUUAGAGAUGAAGCAUCUGAAAUCAUUUCUGCCCUUUCUGAUCGGCUGUUGGACUUCGAUGAAAAUGUGCGGAAACAAGUUGUUUCUGUGAUUUGUGAUGUGGCAUGUCUUUCCUUGAAUGCAAUUCCGCUUGAUACUAUAAAGCUCGUAGCUGAACGCCUUCGAGAUAAAUCUCUACUUGUUAAAAAAUAUACAAUGGAGAGGCUAGCUGAGAUAUACAAGGUCUAUUCUGUGAAAUCUUCUGCUGAAUCAACCAAUCCCGACGAUUUCACGUGGAUUCCUGGGAGGAUUUUGAGAUGCUUUUACGACAAGGAUUUCAGAUCUGAAAUAAUUGAAUCUAUUCUUUGUGGGUCACUUUUCCCAUCUGAGUUUCCAGUAAAGGAUAGAGUUAAACAUUUGCUCCGAGUCUUCUCAACGUUUGACAAAAUUGAACUCAAGGCUCUGGAGAAGAUUCUGGAGCAAAAACAAAGGUUGCAGCAAGAGAUGCAGAGGUACCUGUCUCUUAGGCAAAUGAACCAGGGUGGUGAUGUUCCUGAGACCCAGAAGAAAAUACUGUUCAGCUUUCGCAUUAUGUCUCGGUCAUUUGCUGAUUCUGCAAAAUCUGAGGAAAAUUUUCAGAUUCUUGAUCAAUUGAAAGAUGCCAAUGUCUGGAGGAUUUUGAGCAAUCUUAUUGAUCCAAACACCAGCUUCCAUCAAGCUUGCAACUUGCGGGAUGAGUUGCUUAAAAUACUGGGCGAAAAACACCGCUUGUAUGAUUUUCUGAACUCAUUAUCUUUGAAGUGUUCCUAUUUACUAUUCAACAAGGAACAUGUAAAAGAAAUCCUUCAGGAAGUGGAGAUUCAAAAAUCUUCUGGCAGCAUGCAGGACAUUAAAUCAUCUAUGACUAUGUUAGUGAUUCUUGCACGCUUCAGUCCUAUGUUAUUCAGUGGGUCUGAGGAGGUGCUAAUCAAUUUUCUUAAAGAUGACAACGAGAUAAUAAAAGAAGGAAUUCUGCAUGUUUUAGCAAAAGCUGGUGGUACAAUCCGUGAACAAUUGGCCGUCUCAUCAAGCUCCAUAGACCUUAUAUUAGAGCGGCUGUGCUUAGAAGGCACUAGAAGACAGGCCAAGUAUGCUGUACAUGCGUUGGCUGCUAUAACAAAAGACGACGGGCUAAAAUCACUUUCUGUUCUGUACAAGAGGCUUGUGGAUAUGCUUGAGGAGAAGACUCAUUUGCCUGCUGUACUUCAGUCCCUGGGAUGUAUAGCUCAGACAGCAAUGCCUGUUUUCGAAACCAGAGAGAACGAAAUUGAAGAGUUUAUUAAAAACCAGAUUCUUAAAUGUGAUUCUGAUGUGGAAGAUGAUGCAAAAACAUCUUGGGAGAACAGAAGUGAGCCGUGCUUGUUAAAGAUAUUCGCCAUGAAGACAUUGGUCAAGAGCUACUUACCUGUUAAGGAUGCUCACCUCCGUCUUGGAAUCAAUAAUCUUCUAGAGAUCCUUGGUAACAUGCUUGCCCAUGGAGAAAUAUCCCAAGAUAUAAAAUCAAGUUCAGUUGACAAAGCCCAUUUAAGACUUGCAGCUGCAAAGGCAAUUCUUCGACUAUCGAAGCAAUGGGAUGAUAAGAUACCGAUUACUACUUUUCACUUAACCUUAAAAAUACCAGAGAUCACGUUUCCUCAAGCUGGGAAAGUAUUCUUGAGCAAAGUUCAUCAAUACAUCAAGGACAGAAUGUUGGAUGCAAAAUACGCAUGUGCAUUCUUAUUUAACAUAAAUGGUUCCAAUCCAUCUGAGUUCGAUGAGGAGAAACAAAAUCUGGCUGAUAUUAUUCAAAUGCAUCACCAAGCGAAGGCACGUCAACUGUCAAUGCAAUCCGAAGCCAAUCCAAUGGCAGCUUAUCCCGAAUACAUAAUACCAUACUUGGUUCAUGCCCUUGCUCAUCAUUCGUGUCCAGAUGUUGAUGAAUGCAAGGAUGUCAAAGCAUAUGAAUUAGUAUAUAGGCGAUUGCACCUGAUUCUUUCUCUACUAGUGCAUAAAGAUGAAGAUGUCAAGUUAGAGGCUAAUAUCGCCAAGGAGAAGGAAAAUAUAUCUACCAUAUUUUCCAUCUUUCAUUGUAUUAAAAAUAGUGAAGACGUAGUUGAUGCAGCGAAGUCGAAGAUUUCAUAUGCAAUUUGUGAUCUUGGAUUGUCAAUUGUUAAGAGAUUGGCCCUGAAAGAGGACGAUUUACAAGACCUGACUGUACCAAUUUCUCUGCCUCCCAUAUUGUACAAAUUGAAGGAGAAGAAAGGAGAUGAUUCUGUGGCUGGUCAAACUGAAGGUGAAGCACAAACGUGGUUGGUUGAGGAAAAUGUUUUGGCUCACUUUGAGUCACUCAAGUUAGAAUCAAAUGAGAUUUCUAAAGAAGCUGCUGCAGAUGAGGUUCAGAAUAAAGAUGAAAAAGAUGGAAAUGAUGUGCCUCUAGGAAAAAUGCUGAAAGGUAUAAAGUCAUACGGAUCAAGGGAAAAAAAAGAUAAAAAGGACAAAAAGGUCAAGAAGAAACCGAUUGAAAAGAAAAAUGCUGAAAACGACGUUGAUAUCUUGACAAUGGUGAGGGAAAUAAAUUUUACUACCAGCGAACUUAAACCGAGCAACGGUCAUGAAGAUUUUCUUGGUAAGGGAAUGAAUGUGGAUUCACCUGCAAAGAGCAAAAAAAGGAAACCUAGUGAUGCAACUUCUGCUCCAAUUCCCAAACACAAGCGGUCAUCAUCUAAUCAAAGUCGUUCUAGACCCAAAAGUACUUCAAAGGGACGUGCACCUGGUUCAGGAAAUACCUUACUUCAAGGAGAAGUUUCUCCACUAGAGUCAAGUGAAAUCGACAUGGGGAAUAACCAUGAUUCAGAUGAUGAUGUAUCCAAGGAGAAGGAGAUUGGUGGAAGUGGCGAGUCGGAUUUAUUGGUCUCAUGUUUGAAAAAGCCUACAGGUUCUUCCAAAACUAAAGCUAAAGGCUCAGGCACGAGUCAUUAUGAUGAGGAAAAUGACCUUGAAGAUUCAAGUGACCUUGAUGUUAAGCAUUCUAGUGUUCUGAAGAAGGUUGAUAAGAACAACACGAGUAACUUGAAAUCCAAAUCCUCAAGUGGUGGGGCUGUGAAGAAGAGGAAACGAAGAAGUAUUGCCGGAUUAGCAAAGUGUCAGUUCAAGUAUGGUGAAAAUGAUAUUGAAGACUUAAGUGGAUGCAGAAUUAAAGUUUGGUGGCCCAUGGAUAAACAAUUCUAUAAAGGCACAGUGAAAUCUUAUGAUCCAAUAAAUAGGAAACACGUGAUACUAUAUGAUGAUGGAGAUGUUGAAGUUCUCAAACUCGAGAAGGAGCGAUGGGAGGUCAUUGACAGUGAUCACAAGACUUCAAAGAAACUAAAGCUGUCCAGGAGUCUUCCUUCCCUCGAAGUUACUCUUGGCUGGAAGAGUAAAGAUUCAGGUGGUUCACGUUCAAUCAAGAAACCAUUCAAAAUAACAAAAGGAAAAAGGACACCAAAGAAAAAUUUAAAGCAUGGUCAAAAUGGUACAUCAAAGUCGAAAAUUUCAGAUUCUGGCGUGAAAAAAGGGAGUUCAGACAUUUCAAAUCCUGGAAUUUUCAAAAGCUCUAAUGUAUAUGACGAAAUGGACUCAGGUGAUUCUGAAGGAGAGCGUGCACAGACUCUCGCCAAGGAGUUCACGGACCGGGAGGACUCCGAUAGGGAAAUCAAGUCUGACUCAAAAGGAGGUGAAGGAGAUCAUCAUAUUGCGGAAUCUGAUGAAGAGAUGCCUGAUGUUGAUGAUGCAGAAGAGAAGCCGGAUGCUGAUGAACUUGAUGAGGAUCCUGAGAGUCUUGAGAAACAUGCUGACAAUGCAAGAGGAGGUAAGGCUCAUAAAGAAGACAGGGAAGUCAACGAAUCAAGUUCAAGAGAGAACAUUGAUGACGACAACGACUCCGAUUCUGGAAAGAAUCAAGGGACUGUAGUCGAACAAAGUAGUCCUGGAGGGGAGCAGAAAGGCGAGGAAGACGAACUUUCUGAUGACGAGCCUCUGAGCAAAUGGAAGCAUCGAGCAGGAAAACGAGGCUUGAGAUGAAACAGGGAUAAAGUUGGUCCGGUCACCUAGUAUAGUUGUCCAAUAAUUUCGAAUCGGAUUCCAAAUGAGCUGCUGACGGUUUCAGUUAAGAACAAAUGUGACAGAUCACAGCAGCUAAAUGUAGAAUGUAACAUAGCAGUCACAGUUUCUGACGUUUAGGGGACGGAAGUGUGAACUAAUUAGCUUUUGCAGUAGGAGAUAGAUGAUUAGGUCUCUUGCAUAUAUUCGUAUGAUACCUUUUCUUUGCUGCCUUUAUAUGACCUUUGUGAUUGAUAUGUUAAAAAGUGGCACAUGUAUAGUUUGAGUAUACAUGUUACAAUAUAUAAUGCAUUCAUGGUUGUUUCAAUCUCUA